GAGUUAUUAGUCUUGCUUCUAUUGCUAGGCUUAUUAUUGAGCAUAUACGCACACCCUUUGAAGUUCAUGUUUAUAAUAAAGAAAAGGUCAAAAAUAUUCAAAGCAUUAUUCUUGUAGGAAGAAAAGGCAGUAGUAAAUCAGCUUUAGCGAAUGUUCUAUUAGAUAAAGAGAAAUUUGCUGUAGUAGAUGGAAGCUCAAGUGGAACUAAAGAAAUACAAGGUGUAGACUUUAAAUGGAAAAGAAGUAAAUAUUAUUUAAUCGAUACAGUUGGAAUAGGUAAUACCUCUGGAUUAUCAGAUAAUGAAAAAAUAGCACUCUUUCAGAAUCUUUGUCAAACAAUAGAAGAGAACAAAAUCAAACAAAUAUUUUUUGUUUAUAAAGACCAUUUUGAAGAUCAUCAGGUGGAAGCUUUAGAAAAAAUUAAUAGAAUUUUUGGGCUAUUUGGAUCAACUUUAAAUUAUUUUACUGAAUUUAUUAGGAAUUAUAAAAUUAUUCAUGUAGAUAAUCCACCAAUUUGCUAUGAGAGUAAAGUGAGAAGCUUCCAAAAAUCUUCAAGACAAAAAUUACUUAACCAUUUAGAAUCAAUUGUUUCUGUUAAAAGUAUUAGGGCUGAAUGCACAGUUAAUAGUAAUGAAGAUGAUAUUUUUAAAAUUUGA